UGUCGUCCCGUUGGGGCAAUUCGUCCGAAUGAGUCUGUUUUUCGAAUUAUUGAUGUAGAAUUUCAUUCGCUUACCAAUAGUACACGGUAUUCUGUUUCGGCAUACCCCGGCAAUAGAUCAUACUACGAUGACAAUUCUUUCAACGAUCAAUUGCCACAACAAUCUUACGAGCAUCCAUGUGCACAAUUAAGAAAGUUACUAUCUAAUGGUCACUUUUAUUUUUCUUCAGAUUUUGACUUAACCAAGUCUUUGAACGUUAGGUCAACAAUAUCAUCGGCAGAUAAAUAUACUUAUGACGAACAUUUCCUAUGGAAUAAGUUUAUGAUUGGUGAAUUGUUGAACUUUAGAUCUAAGCUUGAUAAAUUAAAACAAUUAGAAAUGGACAAUUGCGGUUUUUUAGUAUUAGCUAUUCAAGGAUAUGUCGGAAUGGAAGAUACAAUAAUUGGUUCAUCAAGUGUAUCUUUAUCACUCAUAUCUAAAUUAAGUUGUAAACGUGCUGACGAUGAUGGCAAUGUUGCUAAUUUUGUCGAGGGAUUACAAAUGAUGGCUCACAAGAUUCAGAUAUCACGCGGUCCUGCUGCGACACAACCUGCUGUCGAACGUCAUUUCAAUGAACUGCAGAGCAGAUAUGGCAAUGUACAUAUCGUAAAUCUUCUUGGUGUCAAAGAGGGAGAAUAUGCAUUGAGCAAGGAAUAUAAAGCUCGUAUCAUAGAUUUAAAUGGAAAUGGUUUAGAAAAUCGUGUAUUGCUUACAGAUUUUGAUUUUAAUUCAAUCUGUAAAACUGGCAAUUAUGAAAAUAUGGUACAUUUAUUUAGCAUGAUUGGUGAUAAAAUAGAAGAAUUUGCAUUUUUUGCUCUGGAUAUGGAAUCAAAUUGUCCUAUAUUCUAUCAAAAAGAUAUUUCGCAGUUUGAUAUUGAAAGUCUCUAUUCUCGACAUUCUACUUUAUGGGCGGAAAAUGGUGAUAGUCUAUCAAAAAUUUAUACUGGAACUGGAGCUCUCAGAUCAGAAUACACUCGAAGUGGAAAGGUCACAUGGGCAG